AGGACAAGCUGGAGCCCACUGGGCUGGACUGGAACCCGAGUCAGCUCUCACUUUUGAUGAAGUGGGGGUCCUGCAAAAGCUCACUGGUGGCCUUUGUCACCGAGCUGAAAACAGCCCCGGCCGGGUGUGUGAAAAGUGCAGGGGGAUCCAGGGGAAGGUAGCAGUUGCAGGCCCAACUGCUGCCCCAUCACCAAGUGGGUCCCCAGCAGACACCAAAAUGCCUGCCCCUCCCUCACAGGCAUCACCACAAACUGACCACUACUUCACUUCCGCCUUCCGGACCUUGCCCAGAAAUCUCUCCUGUGGCACAUCUAACGGGAAAUGUACGGAGAUGGAAAGUCUGGAAAAUGUAGGUCACCUAGCCCCCUUGACGUGUUACAAAGCCACAACCACUGGCUUCCCAUUUUGAGAUGAGGGGAAAGAGGGCUCUGGCCUCCGGGCUUGUACAAGUUAACCUGUGCGGCGGUGGUCAUGAGGAGCUGGACGUCUGGAGUUCUCUUUCCUUUGGAGCAGGAAAAAUCACUCGCAAAGAUAGGGAGCCAAAUUGAUCCGUCGGCUUAGAGAUGGACAUGCUAAAGGACCUUACGUCCAUGCAGUUUGAAUAUGGGAUUGAAGAGGAAGACCGCUGCUGGCUGUAUUUGCAGGGUCGUUAUCAGGGGCGGAUGAUCGAGGCCUGUGCCCACGCAACCUUCUUCUGCAAGGUUCUCCAUAAUAUGAGAGAAUCAAUACGUAAGUGGCAGAUGUCCAGAUAUCGCUCCAUUGGAUCGCAUGCCACUGUUCCUAAAGAUGAGUUAAAGGUGGGCAUCAUUGGAGGCGGCCACCUUGGGAAGCAACUGGCUCAAGUACUGCUUGAUCUUGUCCCCAUCCCUCCUGAGAGGCUGUGGAUCUCCACUCGGAGGCCAGAGGCCCUGGAGGAGUUGCAGAACCUGGGGGUCCGGUGCUUUUACCAUAAUGCCUAUCUGGUGGGCUGGGCCGAUGUGAUAUUCCUCUGCUGCCUGCCAUCUCAGCUGCCUAAUAUCUGCGCAGAAAUAAACACCAGCUUUAAAAAAGACAGCAUUGUGUACAGCUUUGUAGCUGCCAUCCCAAUACCCAGGUUGAAAAGGCUGCUGGACCACACCAGUAUCUUGCGGCCUCACUAUCAAUGUGUUGAAGGUUUUGCUAAUAUCUGGCAGUCCAACAGGGAAAUCACAGCUGCUCUCCAAGAUCCUGAGAUUCUUCAGGCUACCUGCCCCUACAACCCUGCUGGCGGGAUAAUCCUCAAUAUCAAGUGGUUGGAAGGAGUGUUCUACGCAGCCUUGAACACCUGCACAGCAAAGGACUUGCCCCACCCACUAACACUGCAGCUUAUAAAUGAGCUGUUCCUCUCUGUGCACACCAAUGACUGUGGGGAACGUAAAGAAUCGUGCCCAAAACUCCAAUUACAAGACUUUGUCAGCCAGGUCUAUGCCAAGGGCCUGACUCAGAGAAGGCCUCUACCCUGGUUUGAUCUGGCUUCUGUGCAACUCAGGGAAACUCCCUUUACCAGGAAGCUCUUAACCUGUACUAGUCUCCAGGACCACAUUAUCCAUUUCUACUGUAAUGAAUUUGGCCUCUCCUUUACCAAAGAACAACAGCCAAUGGUUUCCAGAAACUGUCUGUUCUAAUAAGAGAAGAUACCUCAGGACUCAGGAUUCUUUCUCUCACUACAAUGGUCAUAUUCAGAUCAUCACAACUGACAGUGGGGACUCAUGGGACUGUUUGCAAAAGUUAGGCAAUCAGGAAUUAGAAAAUGGUACUGAUGGCUCUUUAUAAUAUAGAUUAAAAUGAGAGGUCCUUUACAUUGGUAUAUGUGUGUAUCUGUGAAACUACAUAACCCAACACACUUAAGUAAGCUGCUUCCCCAUGAGAGCCUUGCUAAUACAAAUUAUCUCUCUUCUAAAAGCUGAAUUUAAGAAGGUAUAAUGUCAUUAUUAGCUUCUUUUCCUGUAGUGGUAUAUAGCUGACAAAUGAUACAGCUUCACUUUCCUACCAUUUUAGAUAGAGAAGAAAAAUGUGUGGUAAACAACUUAACUGUGACUCAUUUCAUGCUUAUUUUAGCUAUAUGUGACUUGGUACUAUCUUAUUUAAAAAGCUAUUCCCAUUUAAAGCAUUUUUAACCAUACAAACAUUUUUUUAAAUAGCUGGCAUUUUUAUUAAGUGGCUAAAAGUACUUUUGUAAAAUAGAGACCUUAUUUCUAUAGUGCAAGUUUAUUUCCUUUAUGUUGUAAAUACUUUAUGCCAAUUAUAACACAGCAGGAAAGAGCAGCAGUGACCACUAAGUGGAGAAAGAGGAACAAAACCUUGUGUGCCAACUGCUAAAGUGCUUUUGAACAAAGCCAUUCGCUCCAUAAGUAAACCACCAUGGCCCUACCUUAAUCAUUCACACUUUUCUUUUCUUCAUAAUUAUGACUUAGGCAAAUUCAAUGGUAUUGAAUGAUUUGAGAUAAAAAUGUUAGUCCAAUUUAAGGAAAAUCAGGCUCAUCACUAAAUAUAUAUGUUUUUAAAAUGUAUUUUUAUUGAUUUCAGAGAGGAAGGGAGAGGGAGAGAGUGAUAGAAACAUCAAUGAUGAUAGAGAAUCAUUGAUUGCCUGCCUCCUACAUGCCCCACACU